AUGGGCUCUGGGAGGAAGCUCCUCUGGGCCUUGCUGGGGUUUUUGAGCUGCUCUUGUCCCGCCGGGGUGGAGGCACAGUUUCCUCGCGCCUGUAUGACGGUGGAGGCCCUUCGGUUGAAGCGAUGCUGCCCAGUGUUGGGCCCGGAGCCCGGCAACGUGUGCGGGAUCCUGCAGGGCAGAGGGCAGUGCCAGGGGGUGCGCGCGGACGCUCAGCCCUGGAGCGGCCCGUACACCCUCCGAAACGUGGACGACCGGGAACGAUGGCCCCUCAAGUUCUUCAAUCAGAGUUGCCAGUGCACAGGGAACUUUGCUGGCUAUAACUGUGGUGAUUGCAAGUUUGGCUGGACUGGCCCUGACUGCAAUGAGAGGAAGCCACCAGUUGUCAGGAAGAACAUCCAUUCCCUGACUGCAGCAGAGAGAGAGCAGUUCUUCGAUGCUUUACACCAGGCAAAGACAACCAUUCAUCCAGACUAUGUAAUUGCAACUCAACACUGGAUGAGUCUGCUUGGUCCUGCAGGAAAUGAGCCACAAAUUGCAAACUGCAGUAUCUAUAACUACUUUGUUUGGCUUCAUUACUACUCCGUCAGAGACACACUGUUAGGACCUGGCCGCCCUUUCUCGGCUAUUGAUUUCUCACAUCAAGGACCUGCCUUUGUUACUUGGCACAGGUACCAUUUGCUGUUGCUGGAAAGAGAUCUACAGAGACUGAUGGGCAAUGAGUCCUUUGCAUUGCCCUAUUGGGAUUUUGCCACGGGUAGAAAUGAGUGCGAUGUGUGCACAGAUGAGCUCUUUGGAGCAUCCCGGCCAGACGACCCAACCCUAAUCAGCCCCAACUCCAGAUUCUCCCUCUGGCAAAUAGUUUGUAGCAGUUUGGACGACUACAACCGCCUGGUCACGCUGUGCAACGGGACAGAGGAAGGGCCGCUGCGGAGGGGCCUGCCGAGGGGCUCCGGCCGCCCGCUGCCCACUGAGGAGGACGUCAGGAGCUGCCUCUCCCUGCGGGAGUUCGACAGCCCCCCGUUUUUCCGGAACUCCAGCUUCAGUUUCAGGAAUGCGCUGGAAGGGUUCGACAAACCAGACGGCACCCUGAACUCAUCAAUGCUGAGCCUUCACAACUUGGCUCCCUCUUUCCUCAAUGGGACCAGUGUUCUUCCUCACGCGGCUGCCAAUGAUCCCAUAUUUGUGGUUCUUCACUCCUUUACUGAUGCCAUCUUUGACGAAUGGAUGAAGCGGUUCAGCCCUCCUGACAAUGCCUGGCCUGAGGAGAUGGCCCCCAUUGGUCACAACAGACUGUAUAACAUGGUCCCUUUUUUCCCUCCUGUGACCAAUGACCAACUCUUCCUCACUGCGGAGGAACUUGGCUACACCUAUGCCAUCGACCUGCCAGGUUCACUUGAAGAAACUCAAGCCUGGGCUAUCAUGGUUGGAGUCACAGUUGGAGGAGCAGUUGCAGCUCUAGUCCUGCUAGUUCUGUUGCUUGUGUUUUUUCAACACCGGAGACAGAGAAAAGGUUUUGAACCACUGAUGAAUGUGAGCUUCAGCCCCAAAAAGUACAUGGAAGAGGCAUAG